AUGAGUGCCGAUGCUGUCAGCCGUAAAAGUUCAUUCGCUCAUUCUCGAAUGAUACUCUCCUAUACUCCCAUAUAUCUCAGGGACUCCAUGAUGGAUGAACCAUCGUGUUCGUUGGCCAUCGACGACGGUGGUACACGACGAGCUCGCUCCGUCACGUCAAGCCGAAUCAGCCUCUUUUUUGCUAAGGUGAAUUUUUUCCAGGAAAAAGAAAUGCUCAACAAGCUAAACGAAAUGAAAGAACGAACAGAACCGAUUUCGAACAUUAUUCCCGAAAUCGAAAAUCAUUGGACAGAUAUUGUUGCUGAUCGAGGGUCCUUAACGAGAAGGCAUAUCGAUCAACAAGAAGCCAUAUGGGAGAUUGUUACUACCGAGUACCGAUAUAUUCAGGUCCUCAAAAACAUGCACGAUCUGUCAUUAAAUGAUUUCCUGUCGAUUUCCUCCCAUUCAGGCACUUACCUAUGCUCCCUUCAAAUUACUGCAAUUUUCAGGCAAACUCGGAAACCACUUGAUCCCGUUCUGCUAUUGAAUGGGUUCGAAGACAUUAGCGAAUGGUCGAAGUGCUACAUUCCAUUUAAUCUCGGUCAUGACGACAGCCACACCUACGUACAGAAAAAGCAAAAAGAUAAUGAAAUGUUCCGGGAGUUCGUGCAAUGGGCGGAAUCCCAAGAGUCUAUGCGACGGCAGAAGCUUUGCGAUACGUUAACAAGUCCAAUGCAACGACUCACCAGAUACAGUCUCCUUUUGAAGUGCGCUCUUCUCAAAGUUACUGAUCAUUUUUCAACAGAUAUGAUUGACCGAACGGACGCUGCCACUCAACAGCUGAACUUCGAGCUAAAUAACAACGAUCUUCGUCUACAGAUGGCCGAAAUUAUGAAGAGCAUCGACGGCUAUGAUGCAGUCGACUGUGAAGAGUUUGAAAAGGUCAGCUUUCUCAGGAACGUCCAAAAUCUCCCUUACAGUUGGAAAGUCGACAAGGACCGAAGGUAUCAGGACUUCCUUAUAACGUCUAAUAAACGUACCGAUAAAGGCCUUCGAGUAGCUCGACCACCCAUACAUAUUGCUCACAUGAUAUAUCACCCUUUUAAUGAUGCUAGUGAGUUCUUAAAAGUUCUUCUAUUUGAAAAUAGAAAUAUUGGCGAAAUGAUGGAUCAAGACGGUUGUCCGAACCAGAUCGAUGGUGAUGAUUUCAUUAUUAUUCUUGAACAGAGCUUAUCUCUUUUCAUUUACAGACCCCUAUGGCAGCAAAGUCCGCCUCAUUGUCUGCCACCAGUUGUCCAUCGUAAAAGCAGUAGUAUGGAUUCACAAGUAGUAGCAGCUCAUGCCCAUUUAAAUCAUAUGCAUCGAUCCACCACUUUAUCGUCAACUGAGCAACUGGACCGUAAUCUCGACGUGAACGAUCCUGGUACUCGUAUGCCACCCCUACACAAGCUGAGCGUUUCCAGUUACCCUUUAUGUGGCAGUAAAAGCAGUGUCGACCUUCAUAUGACACUGGCAGCUGAGCCAUCAUCAACGUCCAACAUCGAUUGCCCUCGACUAUCGAGAUCGAUUUCGAAUGCAUCCGAUCCGGAACCCGAAGGAAAACGAUCACGAAGUGCAUCUCCAUUACUUAUGGACAACACCCUGCAAACUCCUAGCAGAGCGAGAUCAGAGGCCACUACACCGGCAGAAGAGCUGAGUGGUAGUUCAACUAUAGUGGAAGACGAGCUUGUUCCAUCUCAAGGUGGUCGACGAUUCGAGAAAAGGUACCACACAGCAGACGGUAUCGACGUAUUGAAACCCAAGGGAGCGAUGUUACAAGGAGGAAUCCUCAAGAGAUUCUCCUGGAAUGUCAGCUCAGCAGUUGGAGCAAGCAGUCGAAAAAUUUCGCAUAGUAGACGACAUUCUCAAGCAUCCACGGCCGCCUCUUCAGAAUCAUUUGGUAGUUCAACGUCCGGGAUCUCAUCGUCAUCAUCACAUGCAGAAAAUGAGGUGAAUAAAAGCAUUUCCGUGUGCGCCACGCAUUUGUUUUUGCCGCAAUUUUACAUCCCGAUUUAG